AGUGUCACAAUUAAUUGAGGUUAUGUUUUUAUAACUACAAAAAACAAUAUAAUAACAUUGAUGACUAAAUUCAAAUAGCUGGCCCUCUUGUUCAAACAACGGUACAUAAAACAAACAAUAAUUUUUUUCGCAUUAAUUGUAUUUACGUUAAUUUAAAUUUCAUAAAAUUAGCAGACAUACAAAUUUUUUGGUUAUCUUUUCAUAACCUCAUAUACACCAGCAGACACGUGUCUUUGACAUUUAGCCCGUUUUAUUAAAGUUUUGGCUAAAUGGAAGAAACCGACGCUGAAAAUCGUGUCAAUUUCAUAACUUGCGUCAAGUGGGUGAAGAAAGGCGUGGCAAAAAGCCAACCCGAAAAGGUCCAGUUAUCCAAAGCCGAGCUCGUACAAGUGAUAAAAGCCACAAAAAAGAAGCUUCGGGUCACAAAUGAGGAGAAUACUCAAGGAGAAUCUUCCACUCAAGACGAGUUCAAUUUGGAAAAUUAUGACGAACAAGACGAAGGUGCCGCUGAGGCUUUGGGGAUAAGUUCAUUGGCCGAUUUACAAAAUAACGAGGAAGACAACUUCUCUGAAUCAGAUGAUUCAGACAAAGAAGAUGAAAUUAUCAAACCGAAUGAUAAUUUAAUUUUAGUAGGACAUGUCGAAGGCGACGCAAGUUCGCUAGAAGUGUACAUUUAUAAUGAGGAGGAAGAGUCACUCUACGUCCACCACGAUAUUCUACUUCCCGCAUUCCCGCUUUGUUUUGAAUGGCUAGACUACGAACCCAACGCCCCUAAAGGAAGUUACUGUGCUAUAGGUUCCAUGACUCCAGUUAUCCAAGUCUGGGAUUUGGAUAUAAUCAACUGUAUUGAACCCGCGUUUAAUCUAGGACGAGCCGCCAGUAUUAAAAAAAACCGACCACACAUCGGCCAUAAAGACGCAGUUUUGACUUUGGCCUGGAACAAAACUUACGAACAUGUCUUAGCUAGCGGGUCUGUCGAUAAAACUAUACUUUUGUGGGACUUGGAGAAGAAAACUCCAAGUACCACGAUUUGCGCAUUUAAAGACAAAGUCCAAUGUAUGCAGUGGCAUAAACUAGAAGCGCAAACUCUACUAGCGGGGUCUAGCGAUAAGAAAGCCAAAGUUUUCGAUUGUCGCAACCCUGAGACACACCAAACGUGGAAAAUAAAUGGAGAAGUUGAAACUCUGGUGUGGAAUCCACUUCAACCGUUUUCGUUUUUCGCCGGUAGCGAUACCGGGAAUUUGCAAUAUUUUGACUGUAGAAAAGGUCAAGUGUGGACUGUCGAAGCCCAUGAAAAGGAAGUCACUGGACUGGUUGCAAGUGCGCAAUGUCCCGGUUUAUUAGUCACUUCGUCGCCAGAUGGGGCGAUCAAAGUUUGGGACUAUACCGAAAACGAAGCGACUUUUGUGUAUGAAAAAGAUUUUAAUUUAGGCACAAUACAAUGUUUGGAUUUAUCGCCCGACUUGCCGUUUGUUAUAGCAGCAGGAGGAGAUAAUAAAUCUAAUAAUUUUUUAGUGCAUGAUUUGAGGAACAUCGAUGUCGUAAAACACAAGUUUGGAGACCGACCAUUAGAAGAAUUAGUCGCUGAAAAUAAUGAAGAAAGUAUGAACACUGAUUAGAUUUUAAUGAAACUGUAAUUAAACUAAAACUCAAUAAAACUAACAAUAUUAAUGUA